GAAAACAUUACGAAUCUUGGCUAGCUUUUAUUCGUUUAUAAUCAACUUGAUAGGAGUAAGGAAUUGCAGGAUGUAGGAAUAUCAAUGCUAGAUGGUCAAACUUCACAGAACACCAAAUCCCAAAGAUUAAAUUUGGAGACACACUCAGGCGCAUCUAUGAGGAAGAUCUUCUAGAUUUUGACAUGGAAAUGUUGAGGGAGAAGAUCUGCAUCCUCUUCGGUCUAGAUCUUGAUGCUGAUUUUACACUCACUUACAUCGAUGAGGAUGGAGAUAUAGUCACUCUUUGUGAUGACAAUGAUCUCGAUGAUCUUGCGGCUCAAUCUCUGAAUCCACUAAGGAUGACUGUAACAUUGAAUCCUAAAUCUUCUCUUACAUCAACACAAGACCAGCUUCAGAUCAAUUCCUUGAACUCUGCGGUUUCUUUGAUCUUGAAAUUUGUGCCAGAGCGACAACAUAAUGCACUUUUGAAGCUUUUGCUUGACGUUGCAUGGGAAAACAUGAUGGGUGAUCAACAGGGAUUGAAGAUUGAAGAAGCAUCUGAGACAUUAUUACCAUGUAAAGACGGAAGCCCAGACUCAAACAACGAAGCUUUGCAGGUCGAAACGGUGAAGAAAGAUGGAGUUCUUGAAAAUGUAGAUCUUAAUGUUCCUUAUUCUGAGUCUGAAACUGUUAAAGGCUCUGAUGUUGCAUCUUUACAUGAUGACAAUGCCAAACUGAGGAAAUCCAUUGAUUUUGAGACUUGUGUAGACCUUAACGAAUGUCCAUUCAUCGGGAUGCCUCUAUCUAAUGACUCAAUCGUUCAUUCAUGUCCUUGUGGGACUUGUGUCUCUCCUCUUAAGAAGGCCGAUAUCGGUAGUAAAGGCUUAGGCAGUCUAACAAUCCAUGAGGAUAUUACGUGUGUUGGGUGUCGAGUUUGUCCCAUAAUUGGACCCCGAUUCAUAUCAAAAUCGAGUAUUAUUGUUGAUCUGUGUUGCACUUGCUUCGAGAAAACGGGACAUGAUGCUGCUGAUUAUAUCAGAAUGGAUGUCUCACCCUUUUCUUUUUUCUGUGACGAACCUCCUGUUGUGUGCAAUGACAAAUUAGACCCAGAAGUCGAAGUUGUGAAUACCAAUAUGGAUCAAGACAUUAAUGAAGUUUGUGAAAAGGAACCUAUUGGAAUUGUGGAACCUGAAGAUCUGUUUUUAGAUGCAGUACAGCCACAUAAGGAUCAGGAGAUGAGCACCUGUAAUAGUCAUGUUGCGUUUCCAUCAAAACUGGAGUAGGUGGAACCAGUUGGCUCGAACCAAGCGUUUUCAUGAUCCAAGAGUACUGGUUAUUGGUAGGUUAAUUGGGAUAAUGAUUACUAAUAAAAGCUCUUCAAGACUCGAUAGUAUUUUUCAGUUUAGUAGCUUUGAACCUUUUAUGGUGUGCUUUUUUUAUGCGCCACGUUUAGUAAGUAUUAGUAAGUAGGUGUUUUUAUGUAGUUUAGUUAUGUCUUUAAUCCUAGACUUUAUUUAUUUAGUACAAUUUUUUUUUUAUUUUUAAAGGUUGAGGCACAUGUUAUCUGUUCAUCAAAAUGGCCCUUGUACUCCUAUCACAUGCAGAUGAGCGGAACCCUUUGGGGCCAGGGAGGGCCAUCGCCAUCGCCAUCGCCCCUCGCUUUUCAGCCCACUUAUAUAUAACUGUUAUAUAUUUAAGUUAUUUCUAUGUUAUUCAAAAUAAUAAGAAUAAUAAUAACGUUGUGAAGAAACUUGAAAGGAACUGGUAUGCCACAAAAAUAAAAACUAGCAGUUUUAUAAAUACCUAAAAAUCCUAAUUUGAAGGUCACCGUAGUUAAACGAAUUAAUUCUAAAAUUUUAAUCAAAUCAUUUAAUAAGGCCAAUGAAAAAAAAAACUAAAUACUCUCAAAAAUAUAACUGAAAACCUUAGUAAGGUUUCGGGGGUCUCAACUGUUUUGUAGUUGUUCUAUGACCGUGUUAAACAUGGUACCUGAUUUUGUGUUUUCUAAUUCUUUUCAUAUCAUACCAUAAUAUUUUCCUUGUAACUAUAUGUUAAAAAAAAUACAAAAAACCUACAUAAUACACCUGUUAAAAUACCUUCAGUUAGAUCAUAUCGAAAAAUAUCGUUUUAGAUUUUAUUCUUGUUUAUUUUCUAUUUUAAUCAACUCGUUCAUAUGAGCUUCUAACAUAUUGAAUAUAUAUAAAGAUCAUUCGGUUUUACAACUCUGAAUAGAACUUUUUAUACAAAAUUGACGGAUAUCUACAAACUUUACAUGGAAACCCCAAUUACAAUACAAAAAUAAAUAUCUAUAUUAACUUAUUUCACAAAUUACCCUAAAAUGAAAUAAAAACCAAUUCUUUUGGUCAGAAAGGAAAAGUAUAACUGCGAGUUUGGUGGACUUAUGGUUCACGCAACCCAAACCAUGGCGAUGGAACUCAAAAAUGUAGCACAAGCAACAGCAACAAUGCUUCUCUCUUUGAUCACGACUUUCAACAAAUGCAUUGCAACAUCUCCGGUGAUCUUCCUCCCUUCCACCGCCAGUACACGGCGGCG